AGGCGGAGCUUUGGGAUCUGCGACCUCACUCCACCUGGAAACAGUGAAGCUCUUUUUCAGGUGCUGGAACAGUAAGAGAACCUGCGGGAAGGAAGUGGACUGUCACCACCACACUAAUUACAUUCUAGCACUGAAGGAUAAAAGGCGAAACCAUGGCACAAGCUGAUAUUGCACUGAUUGGUUUGGCUGUGAUGGGCCAAAACCUGAUCUUAAACAUGAACGACCAUGGCUUUGUGGUGUGUGCCUACAACAGGACAGUCUCCAAGGUGCAGGACUUCUUAAACAACGAAGCGAAAGGAACGAACGUGGUGGGGGCGCAGUCCCUGGAGGACAUGGUGUCCAAGCUGAAGAAGCCCCGGCGAGUUGUUCUGCUGGUCAAGGCAGGCCAGGCAGUGGAUGACUUCAUUAGCAAGCUGGUUCCUUUGCUCGAAGCAGGGGAUAUCAUCAUUGAUGGAGGCAACUCUGAAUACAGGGACACAGUGCGGCGGUGCAAGGAGCUGAAGUCUGCACAGCUGCUGUUCGUUGGCAGUGGAGUGAGCGGAGGGGAGGAGGGGGCCCGCUAUGGACCCUCGCUGAUGCCCGGAGGUCACAAAGAGGCUUGGCCACACAUCAAAGAUAUUUUCCAGAGCAUCGCUGCUAAAGUGGGAACGGGAGAGCCGUGCUGUGAUUGGGUUGGUGAUGAGGGCGCAGGCCACUUUGUGAAGAUGGUGCACAAUGGUAUUGAAUACGGAGACAUGCAGUUGAUCUGCGAAGCCUACCACCUGAUGAAGGAUGUUCUAAGCAUGGACCACGAUGAAAUGGCCAAGGUAUUUGAAGAAUGGAACAAGACUGAGCUGGACUCCUUCCUAAUUGAAAUCACCGCAAACAUCCUGAAAUUCCGGGACUCCGACAACAAGCACUUGCUCCCCAAGAUCCGAGACGCGGCCGGACAGAAGGGCACAGGGAAGUGGACUGCUAUCUCUGCGCUGGAGUACGGCACGCCGGUCACUUUAAUAGGCGAGGCUGUCUUCGCACGAUGCCUGUCCUCGCUGAAAGAGGAAAGAGUCGAAGCCAGCAAAAACCUUAAAGGACCCAAAGGGGCGGAAUUUAACGGAGAUAAGAAGGUGUUCCUUGAGGACAUCCGACAGGCUCUCUAUGCCUCCAAGAUCAUCUCGUAUGCCCAGGGUUUCAUGCUGCUCCGACAGGCAGCCAAAGAGUUUGGCUGGUCGCUCAACUAUGGUGGGAUCGCUCUGAUGUGGAGGGGAGGCUGCAUCAUCAGGAGUGUUUUCUUGGGCAAGAUCAAGGAGGCGUUUGAUGGGAACCCUGAGCUCCAGAGCCUGCUUCUGGAUGAUUUCUUCAGAAAGGCGGUUCAGGAUUGCCAAGAGUCUUGGCGCCGCGCAGUGAGCACUGGAGUGCAGGUGGGCAUCCCCAUGCCCUGCUUCACCACGGCUCUCUCGUUCUACGAUGGGUACAGACACGACAUGCUGCCAGCCAAUCUCCUCCAGGCCCAGAGAGAUUACUUUGGCGCCCAUACUUACGAGCUGCUGACUAAGCCUGGGCAGUACAUCCACACAAACUGGACUGGCCACGGAGGCAACGUGUCCUCUUCCUCCUACAACGCCUAGCGAGCGGCCGGGCCCACAACCCACAGGCAGCCGGAAGCUCUGACCACCUGAGAUGGCAUCUCACACAUUCCUUAUUUUAAACCAAAUCAAAAGCCAUCACCUGGUUUAGAAAUAUUAAAUAUAUCUAAUAUUUUUUAUUAUAGAAUUGUAUGAGGAAAAACGAAGUCUAGAAGGCGUGCUGAACGAAUAUUUAAUAGGUGGAUAAAUGUGGACAAUAAACUCUGUAAACAAAAUGUUUUGUUGUGUGUUGCAGCUUUUCAGCACUUAAGUAGCGACUGUAAGUUCAAGUGUGUGUGUGGUGUGUUGGUUUUUUUUUUUUUUUUUUCAAUGCGGUCAAAAGGUUUUGAUUCUAAAAUCAUGUUGCCAGUUUACAGCUGUAAUCCUGGAUUAAACUGAACACUCACAAUGUGUUAGAUUCUUCUGCUAAAUAAAGAUUCAAAUCCCUUUCUAA